AUGAUUGUUGCCUACAGACAGAAAGACAAAUUACUACUGUCUUGGAGAGACAAACGUAUCGUGACAAUGCUCAGCACUUGUGCUACCUCAUCUAUGAAAACCAUCACUAAAAGAACACGCAAAGAAGGAACAACCGGAAUUGUGAAGCCAAGUGUCGUUAUAAAUUAUAAUAAAUAUAUGGGCGGGGUCGAUAAAGCAGACCAAAAAAAACACAAUACAAAAAAGUUAACGCAUUUGCAAUUUGUACAUCGCUUGGUGGAUGAAUUAAUUGGAGGUUUUCAUGACACUGAUCCCAAGAAUCCUUCUACUUCUGAAACAGGAGAAAGGUUGAACAGCCUUUUACAUAUUAUUCGGCGGGAUGAUACAGGAAGGAGUAAAGACUGUGUGCGCAAACGCUCAGCGUGUACAUUUUCUCUACUGCGGGCACCAGUACCUCUCGUCCACAGCGACUCUCGCUCGUCGGGCGGCUGCGACCGCAAAGGGUUAAUCUAUCCAGAAAUGAAACGAAGUAACGUGGAAUGA